AUGCCCAAGGUACGGCCCGAACCUCCGCAAAACCCAAGCCAUAUCCCUGGCGCCGCGUUCACGAUUGCGCCUUCACUUUCGCCUCCGCUGCAGGCCAACCGCUCCGACCUUCACUUACGUCCUCUCUGCCCCUCGCUCCUCUCACUCCCCUUAACCUGCCCUACCCUACCAGCAACGAGCGAGGCGACAGGCGUUGAUGCAGCAGAAGACGUGGCGAGAAUCACGCAGCCCAACAAGGCCCACGAGCAGCGCCACCGCAAGCUCCAGACGACGGCUGAUAGCACCUUCUGCAGGACUGUGUAUUUGAAGGGCGCGACAUGGUGCCCCUCACGCUUUAAGGGAAAUGCGCUGGCAAUAGCCACGUGCACUAACAACCUUAACACACAGCGUGCACAGUGUGGUCUCCAAUAUCUGCCGGGCAAUGCAGCAGCGCUGGGGAAUGCAGCAGAGGUGGAGGAGGCGCUGGGGAAUGCAGCAGCAGCGCAUGAGCUCUUUGUGCAGGCGCACCGGGCGGGUAGAAUGGUGGCGAGGCGACAAUGGGGGAUGUUCGAGUCGGCUAAGGAGGGGAGGAGAGAGUAG